AUGAAGAGGAAGCAUCCGGAGUAUGAGCAGAGAAGGACUAACAAACGAUCGUUGCGUGAGCCGCUUGCGUCUAAGCAAGGGGGUGAGGGAAGCAGAUCGCAGCGGCAUGAUGUGUAUUUGUCUUCUGAAUCGUCUCCUGAUAGUCAGGAAGGGUUUCACCCGCAGAAUUCCGGAGAUGAGUGUGAGCUCGAGGUGGAUGGUGGGUUCUGGAAUACGCCGUUACCGCAUGAGCAGCAUGCACUUUUCCAUCGCCACGACGGAGAAAGCUCAACUAUUCGAACUAGCGGGCCAGCGACAGCUGAAGGAAAUAGAGACCAAGUAGUAACAGGUCCAUCCACACAAGGGCCCUCAUUAAAUGGGUCGGAUUGUAUGGGCCGCAUGGUCCAAGAUGCGAUAGAAUUGGAAAGGAGCCUACUCUUGGGAACCUCGUUUCUUAAAGCGACCUAUGAACUUGACGACCAAUUGCAAUCCGCCAUUAUAACACAGCCUACUGCGUUUGAUUCAACCCUCGCUGGCUGUGCAUACAACCAAGGUAGUCCUGGCUUGUCUCCAACAAAUGACCAGGGCGACUGGUUACCCUCACCCACCCAGAUUACACAAGGCUGUGACCUAUUCUUCAAACAUGUUUCACAUUUCCUCCCUUUUCUGCACCAACCGACAUUUGACGCCACACGUGUGCCUCUACACUUACUCCUCAGUAUUCUUUCUCUCGGCUACCAACACGGGGAAGACCCAGAAUGUGGAGAUCAAACCGGCUCAGGCGCAAGCCUAUCCACCCGCUGCUUUCACCAAGCUCGUGCUCUCACUGUUGCCGAGGAAAACAAGACAGACCAGCCAAGACAGAACACCACCCUCAUCCAAUCAUACCUACUCCUACAAAUAUGCGCCAUGAUGUACCUCUGCGGCGAAGACUCAGCAAGAGGCCUCAAAAUGCAUUCAAACAUGAUAUCCCUCGCACGAGCAGGAGCCCUCAUGAAACCAAUGCCAACCGAAUCCUCAACAACCGAAGACCUAGAAGCACUAUGGCGAGAAUUCAUCAAGUCCGAAUCCCACAAACGAACCUCCUUCGCUGUGCACCAGAUCGACGCCCUCUGGUACCAAUUCCUCUCCAUCCCCCGCUCCAUCUCCCAUCUAGAAGUCAAGCACGACCUCCCCUGCCCGGAAGCCCAAUGGACAGCCCCCUCCGCCGCAGAAUGGGCACAUCGACACCUUGUCGCCAGGAACCCUGGACCGGCAGUCCCGUACCCAGACGCAGUCCGCCGGUUUCUCUCUUCCGACGCCAGCCCAGACACCAUCCCCACAUUCGACCCAUACGGCGCCAUUAACAUCGCACAAUUUCUCAUCUCCAGCGCAAGAGAAGUAUCAGGCUGGUCCACCAUGACGGGAAUGCUGAGCAUGGACCGACUCGACGCUCUCCGAUCAUCACUAAUUGCCCUGGGUCCCUUUAUCCGUCCGCAACCCGAGACCCCAAGGGCAAUGCACGCGACGGCAACAUGGGAGACAGCCAUGAUCGAGCUUCAUCUCUGGUCACCAGCUCAUACAGGCGGUAUCGUGGCUUCGAGUCUCAAUGCUGUGGUCACCCAAUCGACUUCUCUUGCGCCUUCUUAUGAGUUCCUCUGGGAGGCCGAUACGGCGAAGGCUAUUCAGCCACAUGUUGAUUGGUUCUUGCGGUAUUUGGAUACGACGCUGGAACCGGAUAUGGAGGCGCCUUGGGUGGCGGUGUAUGCGUAUAAGGCGUUUUUGAUUGCUUGGCAGCUUGUACGGGGAGGUAUUCCGAAUGCGAUGCUUGUUGCUGGAAUCGCGGAUGGGGAUGUGGAGGGGGCGCUGGGGUGGGCGAGGAAAGUCUUUAGGAGGAGGCAGAGAUGGCAGCUUGGGAGGCUUAUAUUGACUUGUUUGGAUGGGUUGGGGGAUUGA